CGGGGCCAUUGUCUCCGAGGAAGAAAGAAGGCUUUUAGCUCAACCGUCGUCGCCAUUUUUGACACGUUAAAGCCACGGAGAGCGUUGCGUGUUACCUUCACAACCCUUAGUUUGUGCUAUUUUAAACAUAUUCGAUAAUACGGAUCGAUGUCUCGAUUUCAUAAUAACCGCGGCGGCAUGGGGAUGAAUCAAUUUCAGCCUCGCCGAGGUGGUGCAGUCGGCGGUCCCAUGCGGGGUAGCAUAAUGGGAAGCCCCAAUUUCAGAAAUCACCCUUUCCAGAACCAGAAUCGCCGGGGAGGAAACAAUAACUUCAACAGAGGACAGCAGUCGAGUCCCCAGAAGCCACAGAGCAACCAGGGCUUGGCAAUCAUCCCACCGCCGACCCCCGGGCCGGCUCUCACCAUGAAAGGCCCGAUGGACAAACAGCAGGAGCAAGAAAAGCCCACGACCCCCGCGACGGAGACCAAGGUCCAGCCCAAGCAAGAAAUCACAUCGCCCCAGCCGAAACAGGCCGCCAAGAACCCGCAGCUCAAGUCACCAAGUGGAAAUGCUAACGCACCACCGCAACCGCCGCCGCCGCCACAACAGCAGCAAAAUCCAUCGACGCUCAUGAGUCCCAAGUCAGGGCCGCAGCAAAACCAACAGGAUCAGAAGCUAGGCCCGCAACCGAUCCAACAGAACCAGAAGGCAGGACAGCAGCCGAACCAACAGAACCAGAGGGGAGGCCAACAGCAAAAUCAACAGAACCAGAGGGGCGGAGGCCAACAUCCAAAUCAGCAGAACCUGAGGGGAGGCCAGCAUCCAAAUCAGCAGAACCUGCGGGGAGGCCACCAUCAACAUCAGCAGAACCAGCGGGGAGGCAUGCAGCAACAGAACCAGAACCAGAGGAUGGGCCCGCAGCAGAACCAACAGAAUCAAAGGCCCGGUCCCAAGACGGGGCCUCAGUUUGUUAAUAAGCCGGAGCAAGGGCAGACGGAGCAGCAGGAGGCCCCGGGCAUGAGCUCAGACGAGAGUCAAGCAAAGCAGGAGUUCAAGGCGUCACUGUCCAUGUUGCUGAAACCCGGCGAGAAAACAUACACACAACGAUGCCGCCUGUUUAUCGGCAACCUCCCCAGUGACAUGACUGAGGAGCAUUUCAGGAAGAUUUUCUCCAAGUAUGGAGAGCCCAGUGAGGUCUUCAUCAACAAAGGGAAAGGCUUUGGUUUCAUCCGACUGGAGUCUCGUGCGCUUGCCGAGAUAGCGAAAGCCGAAUUGGACGACCUGCCGAUGAAAGGCAGAAGCCUCCGCGUCCGCUUCGCCACGCACUCAGCGGCCCUUUCCGUGAAGAACCUGUCCCCUUUCGUGUCCAACGAGCUCCUGGAGGAGGCCUUCUCCCAGUUCGGGAUGGUUGAGAGGGCCGUCGUCAUUGUUGACGACCGCGGGCGCUCCACCGGAAAGGGUAUUGUCGAGUUUGCCUCCAAGCCCGCUGCUAGAAAGGCCUUGGACCGGUGCAACGAGGGCGUCUUUCUGCUCACCUCGUCACCGAGGCCCGUAGUUGUGGAGCCUCUUGAGCAGUGUGACGAUGAAGACGGGCUUCCCGAGAAGUUGGCACAGAAGAACCCCAGAUACCAAGCAGAGCGAGAGGAGCCCCCGCGCUUUGCUCGCCCCGGCACCUUCGAGUACGAGUACUCCAAGCGCUGGAAGUCACUGGAUGAAAUGGAGAAGCAGCAGAGGCAGCAGGUGGAGAAGAAUAUGCAAGAGGCUCGUGAGAAGCUCGAGAGUGAGAUGGAGGACGCUUACCACGAGCAUCAGGCGAACAUGCUCCGCCAGGAUCUGCUGAGGAGACAGGAGGAACUGCGGCGCAUGGAGGAGCUGCACAGUCAGGAGAUGCAAAAGAGAAAGGAGAUGCAGUUGAGACAAGAGGAGGAGCGUCGCAGGAGAGAAGAGGAAAUGCUUCGCAAGCGGGAGAUGGAGGAACAGAUGCGUCGCCAGCGCGAGGAGAACUACAGGAUGGGCAAUUUCAUGGACAGGGAGAGAGAAAUGAGAAUGAGUUCUAGUGGUGCAAUGGGCAUGGGAGAUAUGUCCUUUGGCGCCGUUACACAGAACUUCUCCAUGAGUGGGAUGGGAUUUGAGGGGCAGCAGGCUAUGGGAGCGUCUCCAGGAAGCCAGAUGAGCAAUGACAUGCGCAACGAGCGCUUCACUCAGGGUGGCCCCCGAGGAAUGGGUCCUGGUAACGGCUCUUAUGGCAGGGUCCGCGAAGAGUUUGACGGUCCCGCUAAGAAAGCUCGUUUUUAAACGCUGUCCCUUGACGCUCGUCGCUGCAGCGUUUUUGUACAGAUUCUCCUAAAACCACAAAUAUCAUGACUCAGUUUGUAUUUAAGUUCCAAAUGUUCCAGCAUUUUAUUCUGACACUUCAGUCAGUGUACUCUUUUUAUUUUGUAUUGUCAUUAGUAUAGGAAGGUUAGGUUUCCCGUUAGCUGUAUUUGAUCCCUGUAUAAUUCUUUUCUAGAUUGUACUGUGUUGUGAUUCGUCGUGAAUUGUGAUUUUUCUGAUUCUCAAUUCUCCAUGGCUUUGUUUGUGCCGUUCAGUUCAAAAGCAUGUGUUACAAUAAAGACAAAUGGGUUCAAUUUGGCCAAACCUAAUAUUUAUUCUUGCAUUGUUCAAAAACAGUCAAGCAGCAGUUGGCUGUCAACAAAAAUAACUCAUUCGGUUCUGCCUGCGAAUAUUCUCUUUCGUUCUCAGGGCAUUGAAUCAAUCGCAACCUAACCGUUCUGGUUGUCUGAGAAGAUGUUGCUCGUCCGACCAGGCGUCAUCAAUUCAUGCAACAAGACUUGGGACAGACGAGCCGGGGUUGUCUGUCAUUAGGUUCUGUUAUCUCGCUAACUUUAUUUAGUGCUUAAAUGCAUUACUCGUACUCCAGUGACCCAAGUAUUAAAUCUUUCUGUAGCAAGGGUAGUCAAAGAGAUAUUUUGCAUAACUCAUAUAAUCGACUCAACUAUAAUAUACAGUAUCUAUAAUAUUAGUUUUUCCCUAUUCAUUCAUAUUUGGAGAGAGGGUAGUCAAUUAACCUGGGAAUACAUUCUCUCCUUUUCCAGCCCACUUUGACCAAAACAAUCACAGGUAACUUAAAAUGCUGGCAGUGAAAAGGCCGGUUUAGGGUUGAGUAGAGUAGGCUUGACUGCUCACAUUGUCAAAUUGAGCAUGCAACAUAAGACAAUAGAACAUACUUGACAAAAAAUAGACAAUAGAACAACUAAGACACAACAGUUAAGUGCUCGAGUACCAUGCCGCGUUGAAUGCCAAGGAAUAAAAAGGGGUUUUAAAAACGGACAGUAAAGGGGCUUGUGGAAUGUGCACCGGGAGGUCGUUCUGUCGUAUGGGACCAGCUACAGUAAGCCUCCUAUGCCCUGUAUGCCGCCACGAGCAGCUGGUCAGCUGACCCGAGGCGUCGGGCAGGAGCGUAGGGAUGGGGAGCGGCUCAGAGAGGUAAGACGGAGUGAGACCAUUUUGAGAUUUUAAAUCAAAAAGCAGUAUAUUCAAAUGAAUGCUAAUGUGCACAGGCAAAAUAGGACUUAUGUGCUCCCUCUUCCGUGUUCCAGUUAAGAGGUGAGCAGCAGCUUUUUGAUCCCCGCGGAAAAUCCACUUGGUGUAGCCGAAUUCCUGACAAGUCAGAAAUUCAUCCGAUCGUCGUACAACCGAUCCAAUCUCUCCUUGUUCCCUGUACACACGACGCAACAAACGAUGGCUGACAUGACCUGAUUUCAAAGUGAGAUGUUCAGGCUUGACUGGCCCAGUGAACGGCCAGCUGUAGUGGUACUGUUGUACAACUUGAUAGCAGCCAUUAGGAAUUCCAUUUGUGUCACACUUGGCAUGAAAUGACAGAUUUGGUCAAACCUAAUUCGAUGUCCACUGUCUUGAUUGACAGUGCUGCAAGCUAUUACUCAUCGUCAAACUUUAGAGACUGCCCAAGGAAAGCAGUUAUACCAUAUACAUGAGUAUAAGCUGUAAGAGCAGUUAUAUAGGUCAAACAGACAUCAUAGUUUUAUUUUUUCUCCUAGUCGUCAUAAUCCCGUUAAGGGGAAAUUCAAAUAAAACUUUGCUAUUCAAUUUUACCGCACACCACACAGGGGACCAGAUCACACACAUGGAGGUGCGCAAAGAGCGCUGCGCCACUUGAGCUUUUUCAAGGGCACCUCGGCAGUCGCCAGCAAGCUGAUUAGCGUCGAACAUUUGCCAUUGCCAUUUUUUCACUUUGGUCUGAAGCGUAACUCAAACCGUGGUCCUCCGGUUCUUAAAGUGCAGUCAAAACUGCUGUCUUGUGUACUUGGAAGCUUUGUGAGAAAGUACCCGUAUGCCUUUAUCAGAAUGUUCAUCUGUUUUGUGCCAUGCUUCCUUUCACUGGCUGCAUUAACGAAGACAAGACAUUCUCCAGAGGACGACUCAGUCGCAAACGUUGUCUUGGUUGCUUAAUCAGAAGAUUGCAUAAGACAGUGGAAGUUCAUCUCCUCCUGCUAAGGACGUGGUUUGUCCUACAUUUCUUUUUACUCCAUCUCGGUACGCUCUUUACAUUUAUUGACAACUGGAGGUAUUUAAAGUUUAAGAUUCUUAGGUGAUCUAUUGCAGUAGAGCCUUUAAUCGGUAGUACUUAUUAGUGCUGCCUUCCUAUUUGCCGCUGUCCGAUGACGUGUAUUUGUUAACUAUUAGCUGUGGGACCAGAAACCUGAAUCUGUAUUGAUAUAUGCAGUUACGAUGGCAAUUUAAAAAAAAAAAUAUAUAUAUAUAUAUAUAUAUAUAAAGUUAACUGGAAUACAAGAUAAUCCUAGCGGCGAUCGACUCUUCUUCUUUACUCGUCUCAUCUAAAUAAAGACUGUGUUUAGAGUCUGUGUUUCUGGCAGCCUUUGAAGAUGCUCUCAAAAAACACCCAUUGGUUGAUUAGAUACACCAGGUACACACGCAGGAAACGACUGCUCAUCAUCUCAUUGGCUUAAGAACGUUAAAGAAGUAGUGCGCUUUGGGUGGAGCAUGUCAUCGGACAACUGACAAACCGUCGUCUGUUGACCAGAUCAGCGCCACGUUGGACAUUCCAGGAUUGGUUGUUCCACUGUGGCAUUUGCUUGUGUAACUCUUUCAAAAGGUAAAAGACCCUCCCACUAACAUACUUGUACCGCCAUCAUGGCUGCAUUCAUCUCCAAAGCUCAUCCAUUCAAAAUGUUUUGGAAAUGUAACAUAUAUUUGAUAUUUGUCCAUCCCCCGUUUGAUGUUAUUUUCUGAAACCAGCACGUGUUGGCGAUGGCUGGACAGCACAAGUGUUUAAGUAGUUAUCAUUUCCAUUUUAAAAAUUAGUUUUCCCCUUUUAAAGGUCAGAGGACAAAGAUUGAAACAUUUUCUUGAUAACUCGAGAUCCACUUUACGAACCACAUCUGCCAUUUCGAAGAGAUUAUAUAGCAGAUAUACAGCAGUUAAAUCCAUAAAUAUGAUUCAGAAUGCGCCUUCUGCUUUUUCCGCUCUUCGACUCUAUCCGGCGCUGUGACGUCACACGAGCCAAACGACCUGAUCAUUCGGCGUUGUGUGCCAUUGUUCCAUGCUGCUGUUCACGCCGUCCUUGUAUAUUUGUUAUUGUACGAUUUAAAGAUGUCACAAUGGUUUAUUUUGUGGCAUUUGGUUGUACAAAUAGUUCAGGCAGUGGCAAGAGUUUUUUUUUUUUGGGGGGGGGGGGUGCUUUCCAAUUGAAAAAGGAAUACGUGACCAGUGGAUAGGGAACGUAAUCGACAGUGGAAGAAACGGGGUUAGCGCCGGGUGCUUAGCAAGCAUUCCAAACUCUGUGCUAAUCACUUCGAAGCAGCGUGUUUUGAGAAAGACUCGGCAGAAAGCAUUGGAUACAGAGGUAGAGGCUGAAACCAGCUGCGGUGCCAACAAUGUUUUCGACGGCCAUCGGGACCUCAAUCGCCAGUCAGAGAACUAAAUCUCACAGCAGCGAAGCGGCGCAGACCAGAGGUGAAUAUUUCCUUGUAUAUACCUACGACUCUGUUAUGGUUACUAUGCAGUGGGGAGUAGGAAAAAGAGACCCACGCAGUACUUUUAGUACUGUCGUCUGUACUUUUGCCUAUAUGACAAGCCAACAGACACGGCAAAGACUUUCUGUGUGGCAUGUUAUACCGCUACUCAAGCGAGGGGCACACAAUAUAUAGGAAUACUGCAUACUAUGGAAAAGCCUGUGCCGUGUCACUGAAACCUAUAUGCAUAUAUGAUUCGUAUAGUCAUGCUAAAAUAUUAUUUUUAGCCAUGACUGUAUAACAAGACGACAAGCUUUUGACAUAGCGUCACAUGGAGCCAGUGGCCACUCUUUUUCUGUUGUACAGCUGCUACUUGGCUGCUCGUCCUCGUCACUGUUCCGACCUCCUGAUCGACUCAAACGUACGGUUUGAAGAUGCCAAACUCAGUUGGGUCCUCCUGUACGUCGAACUCCUUCCCCCUCCUCAUAUUCCGACACGUUGCUCGCCAUUGCGUAUAGCGUGUAGCGCGCUGUUUGUGUCAAUUGCAAUAGCCCUUGCGGUGGCUAGAGUAACUACACCCUGGUGUCUUGCGCUUCGGCUACGUUCGGGGAGGGCCCAAUAUGUGUCAUUAAAAACCAAAUUUUUAGCUAGAGUAUGGCUGAAAGCUUGCUGGAAGUUACGUGCAUGUGUUACAUAACAUAUAAACAAUGCAAAUAUGAAUUUUAACUGACCCCAUAACAUCUUUGUCAUCUGACCUUUGUUUGGUGGGCGAUCCGUAACUGGUGCCCAUUUUAGGACGUCUUAUCAGUUAUUUCUUAAAUUGCUCAACUUUGAAAUCAAUUCGAUCCCAGUAUGGUCCAUGAAAGGGAUUCAGUAACAGAGGAGAGGAACAUUACAAGUACAUCUGUCAUAAGCUCUACACCAAGUAAAUUAUAGUUAUGUUUUAGCAGUUGGAUAUCAUGUAGUAUUUUCUGCAAUGUUACUUUGAUGUGCUCUUUACAUUCUUUCUUUAACAGGUUUGACGGACUAUAAAGGUUUUGGACUGUGGAGGAAAUUGACGCUGUGUAGUCCUUUAGCAAAGCUAUUAAACCUCAAGCGAGAUGCGAUGGUAAAUUUUGUCAGGCUGCAUUUGGCUUUGGAGUCAAUGUAGCGGCAAUGGAAAAUUGGUAGGUAACUUGCAUGACAAUUUUUAUGUUAACGUCGUCUUGAACACGCAAGUUCACUUAAAGGGGUUGAUUGUGGUUCCAGUACCAGCUUGUAUGUCCCCAAUGUUUAGAUCAUUCGGUAGUCAAGUAGUCCUGUACAGUUCCAAAAAGGCUCCAAAGACCUGAUAAAAUCCUAUGUAUGCAAUUGCUCUGCUAAAAGAUGCCAACUUCAGUGCACAAUGCGCAUCUGUCGACUUAAAAGGAUUUUGCUCUCAAGCCCAGUAGUAGUGUAUCAUUUCAAAAGCCUAAUGAGACCAGGUGAAAUGCUAACAAGCAACCGAUCUGCUAAAAAACUACAACUUGAGUGGACGCAUAACGAUGGAUGGAAACUGUGUCGGUCUCGUGGUUUUCGUGUUCUACUUUUUAAGUGUUUGGGGAACAUUGAAUUUGGGUUUAUUUUAUCAUAGUGCAGUAAUUCCUUCCACUGCAGCUUUUACAGGCCACUCUACGAAAUCUUGACUGGCUCCUCAACUCUACAACCUUGGUACCUCGACUUACAAGUGACCUCACGUAACAAUUUUAAUUUUUCCCCAAAUACGAGCUACUGCGAACUUGACCAGCAGCAGUUUGGGGCAGAUGGUGAGCAAUUCAAUUUGCACUCCUAGUGAGUUUACUGUAAAACUAAAUGAGAAAACAGAGAAUGACAAUUUGUAGUUAACCAACCAGCACUCAACUUUGGCCGAUGAAAGUCUGCUAGCUUUAUGCUAACACAAUGCAAAAGUUCUUAGGCUAACAAAACUAGCUUUGGUGUCACGGCGUUGUAACCCUUUUAAGCAACAGAUAUUCGAACACAGUGCAGCAACAUAUGUAGACAUGCAAUAUCACAAUACUCACAGGCAUAUAUUCUUUAUCCUCUCUGAAGAACCACUAAUACUGCAGCUUGCUGAGCAGUUAGGACGGUCUUCUUCUGUAUUAUACUUAACCCCUGGUGGCCAUGGCACGCACACCUGAAGCAGAUGAAGAAUGGAUUUUAAUUAUGAUCGAUCUUUACGUUCUUACUGUUGAGUGCUGUUUUUCUGAUUUAUUUUUGUUUGUUAUAUGGGCGGCUGAAACGCAUGAAUGGCAUUUCUGUUCAUUUCAAUCGGGAAAGAUGAUUCGAGUAUUAUGAGCGCGAUCGCAGAAUUCAAUUCGUAAGUCGAGGCACCACUGCAUCAUAGUGGCGAUACAAGACCAGCUCGAUCACAUACGUUGUACUUGCAAUUUUGGUAGUGUAGUUUUAUGACUCAGAUGAAAAGUUGGUAGAACACGCUGAGUAUAAAGUAUUGUAGCUGGGAUUCUUAAAUACUGAACGUUGAAGUUGCAUGAUAUACAUGACCUUUAAAUAGCCUGGUAACAUCUCAUGCAACUGUUUUUGUAUUACAUUAUCAUCCAUUUGUCUUUUACAGAAUAGCACUUGAGCUAAGUGUGCAUUUAAAAAAAACACAAAAAAAAAACCUGAAUGUUCUGUGUGGUGUACAGUUUGUUUUCUUUAACAGGUUUGUCCAUCUUUAAGGUGAGAGAGAACAAUCCAAAGCAAGAAAUUCAGUCUGUGCUGACUACAGAUGAACCAAUGAUUUAAAAAAAAAAAAAAAAAAAAAAAAAAAAAAACCUGCAGUAGUUUGUGUGUAGCACUUGAGUGGUGUGGAUGAUGAAAAAGGUAUGACAUAAUCUCAUUCUCUCAAAAUAGGUGUUGUGAAUGUUCAUAAGUCAUUAACGUCUGGUGUUAACAUCACUUUAUUAGUGUGACUCCUUUCAAAUGAAUAUCAGAAUCUCAUUCUCCCUUAAAGAGAAAUUAGCAGGAGAACAAGGUACAAAAUGACAUAAGCAGUGAGAAUAGGACUAUUUAAAGUCAAGCAGAAUAAAAAAAAAAACCACAAUAAAAGCAACAUCGUACACAGUAUCAUAAACAAGUGUGCAGUCCAAGAGAUCAUGCCAAAAAUAAAAAAUACCUCAGUGCAGAUAUGCAAAUAAGCAAUAGUAGUGCUAUCAAAAUAUGAGCAACCUAACAUACAUGCAAAUAAGUCGCCUUUUGACGAAAUUCGCCGUUUUGAACUCAAUAUAGGCCAUUUCCGUGAAUCGUACAGAUCCCAUGAGCAUUUCUGAGGGCGGGGGGGGGGGGGGGGGGUUCGCUGUCGUCAUACUGUUUCGUACUCCUUCAGCGCUGGCAACUCGAUCCAUUCCAGACAUCCACACACAGAUGUAAUUGUGAAUGUUACUCCGCGGCGGACUAUUCUGCGAGCGCUCGGGACCAGCUUUGGAUAAAUCACAGGAGUUGACGUGACCAGAAAAAACACUUCCGCCGCUUCUGCUGUUAAGAAGUCACGUUACUUUUGCUCCAUUACAAUGAUCUAAAUGUCGCUCGCUACUUUAUCAAUUAUUGCUUAUUUAUCAACCAUUUUGUGAGCGAGACUACGACUUAGAUUUUCCGCAUUGGCGCUCUUUGCUCCAAUCCAGUUUAAGCGCUUGUGACGUUUAAGUCUAGUUCGCCAAUCAAACUACAAGAAAGUCACAUGACCUCACACGUCGUCUUCUAUUGGGCCUCCCGAGCAUGGGUAUUAACACUAGAUAAGCCAGCCCGGCUUAUUGUCGUGGCUAUGUGGUGGCCCUUUUGGGAAGGAGGCAACGGCGCGCAACUCGUCGUGUUUACAUUUCGACAAACAAAAACAACAGCUUUCAUGUAUUGUAGUAUUUGUCUGGCACUGUCUGCCCAAACAUGGAUAUUUCAGCUCACUUCUAACUUGAGAAAACACCCUGCAGUAAAUUGCAGAUGUUUUGUUGUACUUUUGACUGCAUACACACACGCCCACACACAGCAACAUCAGAAUUAGCAUUUUAUUUUUUCAUUGAUGUUCAUGCUGUGGUUAAAAAAAAAAAAGAAAAUUACUAGUACUCACUACUUGAGUAAUUAUUUGACUGUGUACUUUUUACUCUUCAAGUAAUUUUUUGGAGGACUACUUUUACUUGAGUCACAUUAUUGUCAAGUAACAGUACUCUUAGUUGAGUACAAUAUUUGGCUACUCUGCCCACCUCCGGAGCGGACAUCCUCUAUUGCUACUCUUACGUUUCUGCUCAUCAGAUCAGCCAGUGUGGUAUUUGUUGCCCUGGUCUUGUGUAUUUUCCCGUUGAGGUGCUGCGGGUUGUGGUCCCAGCAGAACCGCGGAGCACGUAACAUCGGCGACAAGAGUUGAUCCGCUAGUACAGCUCGUCUUCAUUUAUCUAAUUAGUUUACGGACGUUAAAGUUGCAUCUAUUACGCGACGGAGCCAUGUUAGGGAUUAUAUCACAACAUUGAACAUAAACAUUUAGCAAUGGCCAAUCAAAACUGGGGGAUGCAUUUGGGAUUAGCCUUUGAAGUUGGUAAGAGUGAAAAAUGAAGCGAACCAGACGAUGAUUGUAGUCCAUUCUUUUCCAGACUGAGAGUGCUCAAAGAGGAAGAUUCUAUUCGUGUGGCGCAACUUGAAGCAGGCAUCAGGUGCAGGUGGAGAUGGGCCUGGCUCAAGUUGGAGGCCAAAACAAAAAAGCAAAGCAAUGAGGCCAAUUGAAUUUGGAUCCUAAAUUUGUACAUCAACAUGUACCUGAGCGGUGUCAAGAAAGUUCAUUUUGCCUUAUUGUACUGUUCAGUCUUCCAGAUUGCUUAAUUUAUGUUAAAAUCAAAAACAUUCUCUGCGGGGGGGGGGGGGAUACCCCCAGCCCCUCCCACCCCACCCCCCCUACAAUUUGAUUUGUUAUUUUUGUCACCUUUUUCAUGCCAGUGGUGUUUGCAUGUCUGACCUAAGGACUAAUUGCCAUGAAGUAAAAGAAUUGCACUGGGGCUAAAUGACACAUGAAGUCUUUUCGUCCUUCUCCUAGCAGCCCAAAGCCGACGGCCCGAAGGCAAAAGAGCUCAAACUCGUUAUGGAGUGGAUGAUUCUGAGUUCAUAACUUGUCUGUUCUAGACAGACACGAGCCCAGCCUGCUGACUUCCUGAGGAGUUUCCCGCCGUUUCCAAUCCAUGCAACAAUACGAAAGGAUAGAACAGAUUCGUUCGAUAAAACUUCUGUAAAAGAGAGAGUCAUCAUCUCAGAAGAAACAUGGAAGGUUCUCAUUUUCCUUUAAAAAGUACAAUCUUUGAAUCUUUUUGGAGGCAAAUUCAACAUGAGGUUCAAAACAUUUUGCCUUGGAAAACACGCACACACAUUUGUACCUCUUCAUCAUGUCAACAUCAGCACCUACAAUAACAGUUGUCGGUGGAGAAGAGGCAGACAAUGAUCAUGUCUUUUGGUUUUUAGCACGUUCAACUCAAGAGAUGACUCCUCGCACCAAGCGAAAAAUUGAUGGACGACGGGCCCGUGGUCCUGCUCACCCCUUGUAGGAGACUGAUAAUGACUGUCAUCAGCAAACUUUCCAAUGUCUCUUACUGAAGCUGCUGCGGCACUUGUUAGUGUACAAAACGGAAGGGGGUGAUGAGCCGCAACCUUGACGAAAGCCAGUGGAAGAAAACAAAAACCAAAAACAACAACACUGUUAACUAUCACGCACGCUGUGACCUGUUAGUUAGCCCACUAAUCAAGUUGUGAUUUAGUCGGAAGUGAUGGAAGUCUGUCAGCAAGCAGGAAGGGUUGGAUUGAAUUGCAUGCUCAACGAAUAAUAGUCUGGCAUGCGUUUUCUGGCCCUCAAGAUGGCUGAAGGAGAAGUGUAGGAAUGUGGCCUCUGCCAGCCCUGCUGGGUGCCAACUGCAACGGAUCAAGGUGCUGUUCAAAAUGCAGUCAAAUUUCAGCUUUGAUGAGCUUUUCGAAAGUCAGCUACAGGCCUGUAAUAUGAAUGUUGUUUUAAACAAACAUAAAAAAACAACCAGUGGUUUGAGGUGUUGCUUGACGGUGCUCCCAACUACGUUUUGUGUGUGUCCUUAAAAUGUUGGUUGAAUAAGACGUUGCACAGGUCCACUUGGGAGCUUCCACUGUAUUGAUUUGUAAGUUUCCUUGUUAUCAGUAGCGACCAAACAUCUUUUGCAUCGGCGAAGCGUUCGCUUGACACAUUGUGGCCGACAUACUGGAAAAUGACCGGUUAAUUCAAUCGUGUCUGUUUAAAUGCACACGGACCCUCCAAACGUUGCAAUCAGUUUCAAGAGGCUGUUUGGCCUUAACAUUUAAAAAAUGUCCCCAUUCGAAAUAUUGGGAAAAGGCCAAUGUCGUUCUGUCAGAUUGUUGCCAUCUAACAACCUUGAAAUGGUAUACAGUAGGGCUGGACGAUUGUGGCAAAAUCAAGAUGAAUAUGUCAGGAUUAAUAAAUGCGAUUAUUCAUUGACGUCCAAACUACCUGACUCCCAAAAUCUGUCCUUAGCUAGAAAAUGUGUCACAGCCUCCAUAAUGUCUUGGCGUCUCCGGGUGCUGGUGGGAUCUCACGUGGCGUUGUAAAGUACGCCGAAUGGAGGCUGGGGAGCUGUGGCGCUGGCAAAAGUUAAUGAGCUCGCAUUUUUGAUCCUUCACCACUCUGUGACUGUACUCGACGUGAUUUAAUUAGUCGUGUUGCCUUUGCUCUGGUCGACCUCCAACAACUUGAAGCUAAAAUGUGUCCUGAUGACUGAAGUUGUUCUCAACUAAAGGCUGCCUUUCUUUCUGUUUGAGUAGCACUUGUAUUUUUAUUCAGUCACCGUACAGCAACACGGUUUGGAAUACAAUCGAGGCAGAACUGGCAGACGGAAGCAAAAUGCUUCGUAAAGAAAGCCUUGGCUAAUUUUUAACAAACAUCUAAUUAAGCUACCAGCUUCCAAACUAUAAGGGAACAAAAAUUCAAUCACUCGCUCCACGUUAUUGAUCCACACGCGUCACAGUUGCUACAGGCGCAUUCACGGGGCUUUUAUAGCCUACGUACAUUGCUACGCUGUGCAGCACAAUAGUUUUCUUCACUUAGGUUUUUAUAGUCGGGGAAAAAUCAAAGUUACAAUCCAAACUCUAAAUUGUCCAGCCCUAAAUAUGCAGUUCAUGUGUUGAUAUCAUAGUAAAGUGUUUUUUCUAAAGUAAAAGUGUUUUUGGUAACGCAACUUAUGAGUUGCAUGACCUCCAAACUGUUAAGUUCGGAGGUCGACCGUAUUAUGAAAUUGUAGAACAAUGUUGCAACAUUGGGGCAGGUUGGCUGCUAAUCAGCAGCAUUCAUCCCCGUAGAUUUUGAACUUGAUUGCAAUCUGGCCCUCAAGAGUCUGCAACACAGGUGUCAAACUCAAGGCCUUUAAGAGACUUCAUCAUCAUCAUCAUGUGGCUCGCAAAAGCAAAUGACGUCUACUUGUUUCGCUAAUCGCUAAUAUCGGUACCAACAUUUUUGUCUUUACUUUUAGUAACUUGAUAUAUUGCAAGCGGUUUGUUUACAAACCCUAUUUUAAAAGAAAAUGAACAGCAGUGGCAAAAAAACCGAAUCCAUCAAUUUGUUGUGCGCAUGUAAUAUGAUGAGGGGAUUGUACGUUGAUAUGGUUUCACAGUCACAACGGCCCCGAGGGGGAACGCAUCACUCCGGUGUGGCCUGUGACAAAAAAGGAAUUUGAUACCUCUGGAAUAUCAGGGACUCCUCUAUACCAUACCAUAUCUGUCGUGUGUUAUUGGUGUAUAAUAAAAAGUGUUUUGAAUGCAGCCCUCGAGCAUUUGUCUCCCACUUGUAUUCAUAUCCAGUUCAAAAAAUAAUCAUUUAAAAAAAAAAAAAAGCCGGUCGUGGUAGACCUAAACCUGAGCCGUCAUUGAGCCUAUCCACGAAGUGAGGCCCGCUUUGCUUCAGUUUGUGUGUGUGUGUGUGUGUGUGUGUGUGUGUGUCAUCCGAGCUGCGUUAGCUGCAAUUCGGCCAGCUUGUCAAAGACAGCCAGCCCCAGUCCGCAAGUUACAUUGCUCCAUGAGUAGUUCUGCAGCAGUCAGUGGACAGUAAAGCCUGGACUUGUUUGCACUACAUCCUGAGAGGUAUGCUAACACGGCGCGAGCAAGGUAAGUGCUCAUCCACGUUUACCUUAUCCGAGAUGUACAAGUUGUCCCAUAACUCUCUUCUCUGUCCUCACUCAUGUCACGGUGACACUUGCAAGGGCUUCUGGCAUCACACUUCCGACCGAAUGGCAUCACAGUGCAGAUCACCGAACUUGUGUGUGUACAUCCAAUAAGCCCGGUUAGCCGCUGCAGUGUGUGUAAGUGUGUGCUUGGAGUGCUGCGCAACAGACCGUGAAUGAGUGGCUGAGUCACUGGUCAAUAUUCUUUCUUUUGUCACCUUUUGGUGUAAAAGUGGACGAAAGCAGAGGGAGGCUUUGUUCAAAGACUUGCAGUUCACAUCUUGAUGCAUUUUGGGGGAUUUAAAAAUACCUUUCCACUCGAACUGAAUUCAACCAUGUUGUUCAGUUCCAUUUCCACCAAGCAGACAAGUUCUUACCCUACACAAUUCUUAGGUGUAUUUUCAUGUUCAAGUCUGCGGCUAGCCCCGUUUAGCCAACUAGAAGCGUGGCUCCGUUAAUUGCGUUUCAGGCGUUAACCGUCCCACGCUGUCCUCACGUACUGCUGUGGCAGCUCCGCCGCCUCACAUUCGGUACCUACCGUGCAAAUGCUGACUUAGCGAGAGACGUUUACCUCGUUGGUCUUUUCUGUGCCGCAUCUCGCCCGGCACUUUGCUGACUGGAUAUCGACAGCGGCAGAGCGCCGCACGACGACGCGCGGCAAAAAACAAAGCCUCGUCUCCGCCGAUGAUGUCUUUCACACGAUUUACAAAACCAUCAUGGCUUCCCCUUCCAAAUUCUGUCAUGGUGAUUUGAACUGGACUGCUUGGUGAAAGCUGCUAUACAGUAUUUGUAGUAUUUAUUUAUGUAUUUAUUUUUUCCCGACUACUACUGCCUAUCAUCUGAACCCAGAUCCUGACUUAAAGUGUCUGUAGUUUUGAAUGGUUCACUUCUUGUCCAUAAAUGGGGUGGGAUUGAAGGAUAUUUGAAAAAGCUAAUCUCUUCCUUAUAUCUGUGUUUGUGUUGAUGGGGUUUUGGGAGGGAUGAUUUUUGUUUUUAUUCAAAUAGACUGAUGGUUUCUAAUGAUGUUAUAGUCUUAGCCUCCACCAGUGUUUCCCGACCUUAGAGCCAAGGCACUCAUUUUAUAAUCAAGGCCCACUACCAAAGAAAAAGAAUCUAGUCUCCAUUUACUCCCAAAUGAGUGUGAAAAUUUGGCCCGUUGAAUUGAACGCAGCGCUGAUAAUAGUCACGGAAGCCGUGACUUAUUGUCUUCCGACGGGCAUCAAGCGGAUGCCGGGUUGUUGUGCUCUCUUACUUGUAAUGGAAUCUGCCUUCAACUGUCAUACGUAGAAUUGUAAUGAAUGAAUGAAUAAUCAGACAAAUCAAGUGAAAUUGCAAGCUUUUUUUCAAGCUCGACCCUGGUUGGGAAUCACUGGCCUCGACACUCCUGACACAAACUUUGACUGCCCCAAAUUUGGUCAGCGGAUCGCAGUCCUGACGAGAGUCGAAUUGACAAACUUUUAAAGGACGUUGACGGUUUGUGUAGCACACGUACACGACACGACAUUUGUACCAAUAAAUGGAGCAUUUCUGAACUGGUGUGUUGUGGGACGGGUGGGCGUACCUGAACCUUUUUGUCUGUAUUGCAGUCAUUGUACUUCCAUCUUGAGGUCUUGUUGGGCAUUGUGAUUGUUUGCGUGGUUUUGAAGGGACCGCGUUGCAUCCGCUCGGCCCCCCCGGGCCGUCGAGACCUGUCGAUCUGCACUGUGAUCCGUUCCGCUUCCUCAGCCCGAAAUGCUCGAGACCUUUUUCAGUGUCCUACGACCCAAAAACGAGUGUGUUGCCAGAAGUACCCUUGCGGCCGCUACAGGCCGCCAACGUUUCGCCCAACGUUGCGGAAGAAGCUCUGUUCCCGUAGUCCAGGAUCGAGGACUUUUAGGAAGGCCGCGCUCAGGAGUUUUGUCACGUAUCCUUGCAGCUUGACAAGUGAACAGCAGAGGUGGGGGCUUUGAGUCACAUGACCCGACACGUCAGAUUGAAGUCACCACUUACGACUUCUGGCUCGCUGAACUCGAGCGGGGACUCGAAUGGCUCGCUGCCGUCGGUCGUCUGCCCCGACGUGUUGAAAGAAUCUUGCACGACUUCAUCCAAUUUAUCUGCCGCGAAUAUCCGUGCAGCUGCGCCCUCAGACCGCUCGCCCCGUGGACAUUAUCGUCCCGAGGGCUCCGCGAUCCACGCCAUCGGGUACGACCGCGCAUAUGCACAGUAAGUCAAAAUGGCGGCUCUAGGAGAAAAUGCGGACUUUGAUUCGUUUUCAUUCAAAUGCGAAAAUUAGGAUUCUGGGAUUUUUUUUAAUUUUUUUUUUUUAAUUAUCUACCCCCCCCUCCGCCCCAAAGCAGACUCGCGAGUGAAUCCGAAUUGCCGCGCAUUCGUUCGUAGCACUAACUUUCCCUUUAUGUGACUGACUCCCACCUCUGAUGAACGGUUCCACUCACGCUUCAUUUGACACUUUUCUGCAUUCCCCAAGGUCACACUGCACACUUUCACCAAUUAGCAAUAACGUCAGAAACGUCAACGGCGAUCGGGAUCGACCUUUGCGUGGAAAGGGUUCUUCCUUUUUUUUCCCCCUCCACGUUCUUUUUAGCUAUGUGCCAUUUUGAAGCAAAUGAUUUGGAUUUGCCUUUUCCCGCCCUGCCUACGUGUCUGUUUUGUCCAACUCGACUCGGGCGCUUGUGUAGUGUGACCGCCUCACCUAUAUGACCUCAUUUUAACAGUUCUAGUGUAAUGCAUGUUCAUAUAACUGAACAUUCUCACACACACACACACGACACGUAUGUACGCAUUGCCAUUUUAGCCGUGGAGCGUGAGCAACAUCACUUUUUCCCUGUCAGCUUCUCACUGUUUGUGUUUCUCACCACAGGAGCCUCCACCGGCUGACGGAGGGUGACCGGCCCGCCGCUGCCCCGUUACGUGAACACGGCCGCUGCUAAAAUGAUACAACAACCGGAGCGAUGGUGACACGCGGGGGGGUGGGGGGGCGCCGCGUUCGGGCGCCUCGACUCGCUCCCGACGAGGAUCUUCAAAUCAACGAGUUGCACGCCAUGACGCAAGCCUCGGGAUGACAGCGCGUUAGGAUGGGCGGAUUGAUGCUCUGAAAUGGGAAAUAAAAGGAGUUACACUGGAA